AUGGCUUCUGCCCCCACUACCACCACCACAGGCCUCAUCCUGUCCUUCAUCCAACCUACAUUUUCUUCCUCUUCCUCCCCAGACAGCAAAGAUAGUACAGAAUUCGCCCUUCUCCCCCAGCUCUUCACAUCACACGUCCUCGGCACAACCCGCUCAACCCUCUACAAAGCAGCCAACCCCUCAUACCCCAAACAACAUCUUCUCGUUAGCUUAAUGGACAAUGUCGAGCACGUAAAUGUGGAGCAGGUGGCUAAGUUUUGGGCGGGUGAGAAGGUGGUGCAGGGGGAGGCGGAUGUUAGGGGGUUUAGCGAGGUGGAGGUCUAUGAGAAGGAGAGGGGGAAGGAGGUGGGAAGGGAUAAUCCCGCCCACACUCUCCUUGUGGCGCUCAUGCAGCCUGGGCCGGAUGGUGCUGCGGACCUGGAUGCUUGGUACCGCGAUGAGCAUAAUGAGCAGAUGUCGAAAGAGCCUGGUUGGCUGCGUACGUGUCGGUAUUCGUUGGUUGCACAGAAGGGCGGUGAUGGGAAAGAGAAGGAGCUGUCGUUCUUGGCUAUUCAUGAAUUCAACGAGAGUAAUGAGCUGGGGGAUACGGUCAAGGCGCUUGAGCCUGUGAGCGAGUGGACGAAGAAAGUUAUGAGUGCGGCGGUGGGGAUUGAUGCUGCUAUUUAUCGGAAAGCUUGA